AUGACAAUGGCCCCGCCAACGAUACCAGCAGAACAUUCUGUCAAUGAUUUCGCAAACGAUGUCGCGUCUCAAAUGGAGGGUUUCACUCAGUCACAGGGUAUAGCAGAAGAGGCUAUUGCACGAGAUCGCGAGGAAGACGAGUCUGCAUCAGAGGAUGACGAUGAGUCUUCCUCGGGUUCGGAUACAAUCCGGCAGCAAUAUUCCAUGAUAAAUUCUUAUCGCCGGCCUUCCUGGGUCAACCCAGGAUCACGAUCCACCGCCAUAAUAUCGUCCAGCGUACCCGAAAGGAGUCAUCUACCAACGUCAUGGAAGAAACACAGUCAUCUGUCGAAGAAAGAGAGGGAGAACGCGCGAGACGAAGAGCGGAGUCUGCUCCGCGACAACCAUCUGAUCCCGCCCAAGCACCCAAGAGCUGGAAGCGAGGGACCCUUUGAUCGAGUGCGAUCUAGAAUGUCAAUUUCAGGACUGCGAAAAGUCAAGAGCACGCCAGACGAGGAAAGCGCAGUCGAAUCACCCUCCGAGCGAACAGCGCUAUUGGGAGCAUCUGAAGGUGAUCCAGGCCAACCAUACGGGGGGUUGGACUCACCCAAGACAAUCAACAAGAAAUGGAACGAGGCGGUUGCAGCAGGGAAGAUCAACACGAGCUGGCAGCGAGAAGCUAAAGUCUUAACCAAGAGUUCCGCACCGCUUAUCUUGACAUUCCUACUACAGUAUAGCUUGCCGGUAGCGAGUAUCUUCACCGUCGGACACAUUGGCAAAACCGAACUAGGAGCUGUGAGUCUGGCGAGUAUGACGGCGUCGAUAACGGGCUAUGCAGUAUACCAGGGUCUAGCAACCUCGCUCGAUACCUUAUGUGCACAAGCAUACGGCUCGGGACGUCCCCAUCUCGUUGGUUUACAACUGCAACGCAUGUUGUACUUUCUCCUCUUGAUCACCAUUCCGAUAUCGCUCAUAUGGGCCUUUGGCACACAGAUCCUCUCGCUCAUUGUUCCAGAGAAGGAAACGGCACGCUUAGCCGGACUGUACUUGAAGGUUCUUAUCUUUGGAGCGCCCGGCUAUGCGGCUUUCGAAAGCGGAAAACGUUAUGUACAGGCGCAAGGUAUCUUCAGCGCGACUAUGUACAUUCUCCUCAUUUGCGCACCACUAAACGCUUUCCUCAACUGGUUCAUGGUGUGGCAUCUCGGCUGGGGAUUCAUUGGCGCACCCAUUGCUGUUUCCAUAACAGAGAACAUCCUUCCUCUGCUAUUGUUUCUCUACGUCAGGUUCAUCGACGGAUACCAAUGCUGGGGUGGUUUCGAUCGACGAGCGCUCAGGAACUGGAUGCCGAUGGUGAAGCUUGCGCUUCCCGGCUUGAUCAUGGUGCUUGCCGAGUUCCUAGCUUUCGAGAUCUUGACGUUGAGCUCAUCGUGGCUUGGCCCGACUGAACUUGCGGCGCAGUCUGUGUUGGGCUCGAUUACCGGUAUCACCUUCCAGAUACCGUUUCCCAUGAGCGUGGCAGCAUCCACGCGUAUCGCUAAUCUCAUCGGCGCUACUCUGGCAGUUCCAGCGAAGACAGCAGCCAAGGUCGCCGUCUUUGCCUCGGUCCUUGUCGGCAUCUUCAAUUUACUACUCCUUUCGCUUCUUCGUGAGGCCAUUCCCCGUCUCUUUACACCUGACGAAGAAGUCAUAGACAUGGUCGCAAAGCUCCUACCGCUAUGCGCGACUUUCCAGGUCUUUGAUGCGUUAGCCGCCAACUGUAACGGUAUCUUGCGUGGCUUGGGCAGACAGGAGAUCGGUGGCUAUGUUGGAUUGUUCGCCUACUAUAUCGUUGGUAUCCCGAUCAGCUUCGGCACCGGGUUUGGAUCCCCACAUUGGGGUCUGUAUGGGCUUUGGAGUGGACCUGCGAUUGCUCUUGGCAUAGUCGCUGCCAUCGAAGGUGUAUUCAUAUGGCGAACAAGCUGGGAUAAAGCAGUUGAAGAUGCAAAGGUGCGAAAUGCUGCAAAUUAG